CGAUUCUUCGCUCACCGCAAGCGCACGCCAGAAAGUUUCCCCAUCGUCGCCAGAGACCAACAUGCCAGUCCUGCUGUACAAUCUUGUCGGCAGCCCACCGUGCGGCUUCAUUCGCUGCUUGGCGAAAGAGAUCGGCGUGGAGCUGAGCCUCAGGGACCUCGAUUUCACCAAAGGAGAACACCGCUCUGAAGAGUUUCUCAAGAUAAACCCUUUCCACAAGGUGCCUACAAUUGACGACGACGGCUUCAUCGUCUACGAGAGCAACGCCAUUGCCUACUAUCUUCUACGGAAGUAUGCUCCUGAGUCACAGCUCUAUCCCACCUGCGUUAAGACGCGCACUCGGAUCGACCAGGUGCUUGCAGCAGCCAGUGGCAACAUACACCCUAACCUAGGGGCCUUUUUCCGUCCUCGAUACUUCCAAGGUACGAAACCAAGUGCAGAUGAGGUGAAGGCCUUCGAAGAAAAUGUACUUAAGGGUCUUGAGCACCUCAUCGGGAAUGGCAAGUUCGCCGUCGGUGACAAAAUCACCAUUGCUGACCUCUGCCUGAUAGGCCACGUCACUGUCUGUAUCGAGCUUCCUGCCAUCGACAAAGCAAAAUACCCAAAGCUUACAGCAUACCACGACCGUGUGAACAGUGCGUUGCCCUACUUCGAGGAAAUUUUCGGGCCAGUCCUUAUCCAAAUCGAGAAGGUGUGGGACAGGCUGAAGUAGAUACGUCUCAGCGCUGCCUUCGAAAGAAAGGCGCGAAGUUUUUGUUGCGGUGCUUGAGUAAAGUUAUGUUUUUCCUUCGCGGCA